AUGCCUUUCACUUGCGAAUACUGUGGAAAGUCUUUCUCUUCUAAAAAAAGUCUCAAAGGUCAUUUGAGAACGCACACCCACAGAAUUACCUUUUUACUAACUCAUACCGGGGAGAAGCCCUUUGCCUGCAAACGAUGUGAAAGGACAUUUUCUGUUAAAUCAAACCUCCUGAGACAUUUAAAGACUCAUACUGGGGAGAAGCCUUACCGUU